AGCUUUUAUUAGCUUUCGAUUCUCUCAUUAUAUAUGAAUCAAAUUGAUUUAAUUCAAUCUUUGUACAUAUAUUCAUGUAUUUUUGUAUGAACACUCCAGACUGAUCUUUUGAAAUUCUACUGUAUUGUACAUCUGUAACUGAAAAAAAAAUCUCAUUGGGUUUGAAAACCCUAAGUUAGAAUUUCAAGAAAACCUUGGCUUUUGCUCAAAGAUUCGAUUUUGUUUACUGUUUUGUGGAAUUCCUGGAUCUGGGUCUGUGAAAGAAUCUUCUGGGAUUCUUUUAAUAUACAAAUGGCGGAUCAAGAAGAUGAAGAGUUGAAAAUGGCGUUAAGGAUGAGUAUGCAGAAGGAGUCGCCAGAGCCUAAGAGGAGUAAACCGGGAGAGGAGGAGGUAUCUGGUGGCGGUGGUGGGGAGGAAGGGGAGUCGCCUGAGGUGAAAAACAGGCGACGUCAGAGGGAAUUGAUGGCUGCUGCUGCUGAAAAGCGGAUGUUGGCGUUGCCCAAGAAUGUGGUGUUGGAGAAGAGUGGUGGGUCUGGCAAUAGAGAGGUGGAAUGUAAGGGUAAGAGUGUGAAUUUGGUGAAGGGGGAAGAGAGAAAUGUGAACUUGGUGAAGGGUGCGGAGAAAAAUGUGAACUUGGUGAAGGGUAAGGAGAAAAAUGUGAACUUAAUGGAAGAACUUCCAUUGGCAGAGGCCAAUGAGUUGUUUUCAAUGAUCUUUGGUUGUGAAGUUACCAAGGAUAUUCUUGGUCAGUGGACUAAUCAGGGCAUAAGGUUUAGUCCGGAUCCAGAUACAUCUAUGGGUUUAGUGCAGCAUGAGGGUGGGCCCUGUGGGGUGCUAGCAGCAAUACAGGCUUUUGUUCUGAAGCACCUAUUGUUUUUCUCGGAUGAUUUAAAUAUGGUUUCACCUAGCUUGUCUGGCAAUGUGGAUUCGAGAAGAUUGGCUAAUAAAGAUUCUGCUGGAGCUGAUAUUUUUUCGUCUCUAAGUGAAGAGAAAAAAUCAAGAGCAUUGGUAAGAGGCAUGUGUGAGAUAUUGUUUAUGUGUGGAAGCAAUAGAAGGGUUGUGAUAGCAUCUUUGAGAACAGUUGAAGCUAUCCUUGUGGGGCCUCAGGGCUGUUCAGGUGAUGAGGUCAUUUCUAAAGCACUUGAAGGUCUCUCAAUUGAGUCUGGGGCUAACUUGCAAAAGGCUUUAAUCAUUAAUACGUAUACUUCUUCAGAGGAUGCUCUUCAAAGGCUUGAAGCAUUGCUUCCAGUAUUCCGAAGUCGUAUGGGAGCAAUGCUGUUCCUAAUAUCUGCUUUGCUUUCUCAUGGAAUGGAAUCUGUCCAAGCUGAUAGGGAUGAUCCUUCUCAACCUUUGGUUACAGCACCUUUUGGACAUGCUUCACAGGAAAUUGUGAACCUGUUGCUUUCUGGUGAAGCUGUUGCCAAUGUGUUUGACGGGAGGAUGGAUUUGGGUGGUGGCAUGUUUGUGAAGGGUAUCUCUACAACAGUUGAAGUUGGAUUUAUUACUCUGCUAGAGUCCCUGAACUUUUGUAAAGUUGGCUUGCAUUUGAAAUGCCCGGCAUGGCCAAUAUGGGUUGUUGGCAGUGAAUCUCAUUACACUGUCUUAUUUGCUUUAGAUACAAAAGUUCAGGAGGAGAAUGAACUUGAAGGCAAGGAAACAAAGAUCCGUAGAGCUUUUGAUGCUCAAGAUCAGAGUGGAGGUGGUGGAUUUAUUAGUGUGGAAGGUUUUCAUCAAGUCCUUAGGGAUACUAAUGUGAAUCUUCCAGCUGACAAGCUUCAAAACCUCUGUAGCAGUGGAUACAUUGUAUGGAGUGAAUUCUGGCAGGUCCUGUUGGACUUGGACAAUAGUUUGGGAGGGCUGAAAGAUCCUAGUGGAUUAAUGGGGAAAAAGGUCUUUGAUCUUUACCACUUCAAUGGGAUUGCAAAAUCAGUUAUGAGUGGAAACCAGGUUUCAUCCGGAAAUGAUAUUCCGGUACAAAGGCCUAGACUCACUAAGCUGAGGGUUUCAGUUCCCCCAAGGUGGACGCCAGAGGAGUUCAUGUCUUCAGGCCCAAGUACAAGUGAUCCUGCCGGUAAGGAUUCUGUCACUGAAGUUUCAAAACCUGAACCUUCUCAGCAUGCUCCAUUAGUUGACUGCAUCCGGACACGCUGGGCCCGAGCCACAUGUACUUGGGAAGGUGAUCCACCAAGCAUAGUUUGAUUGGUUAAUUGAUUUAGUCUGAAACUGCCACCUUGUUUUCCGGGGGAUUAUCACGUAGAGCAGGAGCUAUAUACUUCCGAAAAAGGUGAAAGCUUUCUGAGCAGGAAGAUUCUUUUCCUCGUGGCAGUUUUCCAUCAUGAACAUAAUGCAGUACCAUUUUCAACUGUGUGAUAUUGUAACUUCAAGAUUCUAGUUUGAUUUGGAGUAGUCCAAUUCUGAGGGUAAGAGAGGCAGUAUACUGUCAUUUCGCAUUGAUUUUUUCGCCUUAUGCUGUUGAUUAGUUUUUCUUCCCGUUUCCUCUGAAAGGGAGAUAAAUAAGCAUCAGAUUGGUUAUUAAUUGUUGUUGUAACUUUAGAAAGCCCCUCUCAUCUUCGCACUUGAUUAGGGAAAAUAUCUUAUUCGGAGAAGUGGUCUCAAA